AUGAGCUCGCAGCGCUAUUCCCGGGUGAACGCCCGAGAUGAAGAGGAUAACACCCACUCCUAUCCGCUGAAUCCUACCCGAUCAAAUCUAUCACCACACUCUCCGCCUCCCUCGUUCCGUUCCCGGUCUUCGUCGCCAUCAUCGAGGCGACUACUGCAUAGCGAUCCUAUUCGACAGGAUGAAGAUGAUAAUGCCUUGGCCGAUGCUUUUGGCAGCGAAGAUGACUCUGACGAUGAUGAAGAGCCGGAUGAUCGUCAGCGGCUGAUGCGUGCCAACCCGGAUCCCUAUAGUCCCGUGGACAACGGACAAACCUCCACUGCGGCAUCCUCGUCAGUAUCUAGAAACGAGAGUCAAGAUCGCUCUGCUGCAUCAGCGAUAUCUCGACGGCCAACCAUAUUACCAAAUUUUACCACUUCAUCGGGUAAUAGUCGGUCGGUCGCGCCAUCAAAUGACGGUGUCUUUGCCAAUCUCGCGGCGAAGCCAGAACGGGGCGAAAAGAAUGAAGACUUGCCUCCUUCUUAUGAAGAAGCGGCCGCCGACGCAACCCCACCUUACUGGGAGACCACGAUCGUCGCCCCCGGCAUCUCUUCCGAUGAAGUCUACGUUGAUGGACUUCCUGUUGGAUCUUUCUUUUCAUUUAUCUGGAAUGCGAUGAUUUCUAUGUCAUUCCAGCUGGUCGGUUUCCUCCUGACUUAUUUGCUCCACACCACCCACGCCGCAAAGAAUGGCAGCCGAGCGGGUCUCGGCCUUACCCUUGUUCAAUACGGUUUUUACAUGAAGGGAGGCAGCGACACUUCCACUUCUGAUGGAAGUAGUGGCGGUGAUGGAUACGUUCCGCCACCCGACCCCAACAGCCAUAACUUUGAUCCCAACACUGUUGGUGAUACUGCAGGCGAUGGUGGUUCCAUGGCCGGUAUCAGUACCAGCGAAUGGAUAUCUUAUGUUCUUAUGAUUGUCGGCUGGUUCAUCCUGAUCCGAGCUGUCAGCGAUUUCUUGCGAGCUCGCCGCCAUGAGCAGCUUGUUUUACAGAGUCCAGAUCGCGGUUUGGGUGUACCCAUCAUUGCCGAGGGAGAACGGUCCGAGACCGUCGUCUAA